AUGUUCAUUUGCAUCUUAUUUCUUCUUACUAUUUCUUAUCAUACGUCAUGGUGUCAAUAUGAUUUAACCAAUGUAGUUCGAGGUACAAGAAUGUCUGUUAAUGAUGAUAUGUUUGUAUCGGCAUCUAAUGCUUUUUCUAAUUUUGCUGUUAUCAUGCAUCCAUUCAGAAAUAUUAGUGCUGGAGGAGCUAUUCGAUGUAAUAUGAGAUAUAAUACAACUGAUCGUUAUGUUCAUAGUGUAGCUGUAGCAGGUAUUGCUCAAAAUAGUACUAAUGAUGAACAUUUUAUAUUUGUUUUUGCUGCGGAAAAAAUGUCGACAAUGACUCCAUAUGUUUGUAUUGGUCAUAUGAUAAAAUCAACAUGUAACCCAACAGUUCAAUGUACAGACAUGGGUACAGGAGGAUUUCAUCAAGAAUAUUUUCUUGUUGGUGUCGAUAGUAAUGGCACUUUUGCUUAUGGAACAGGAUAUCUUAAAUAA